AUGCCUCCCAGAGGCACAGCAGCUGUGCGGCGACUGCUGAACAUUACAACACAAGCUCGGUCAUAUUCGGCGCCAGCAGACCGAUCAAUACCAGCAGCCAAGCAAAAGUACGUGCCUUCCUCGGGUACUUAUCCAAAGGGGUUCCUCGCAGGAAGUGCAUUCGCUGGUGUGAAAGCCAGCAAUACCAAGUACGAUGAUCUGGCCCUGGUCGUGUCCGAAGAACCCUGCCCGGCAGCUGCCAUCUUCACGAAGAACAUCUUCCAGGCUGCUCCUGUAAAGGUCUCCAAAUCUUGGCUUGCAAAAUCACGGUCAGAAGGCCAGACUUUCAGAGGCGUCGUCGUGAACUCGGGCUGUGCAAAUGCAGUGACGGGCAAAGUCGGUCAGGAGCAUGCGGAGGCGAUGGCUCGUAAGACAGACGAAUGCUUCUCAGACGCAGAUGAAACUCCAAAAACGCUGGUCAUGAGCACUGGUGUCAUUGGCCAACGACUUCCAAUCGACCGUAUCACUGAAGCGAUCCCACACUUACAUUCAAAUCUUGGAUCAACUCACGAUCACUGGUUGGAUGCUGCCAAGGCCAUAUGUACCACGGACACCUUCCCCAAACUCCUGUCGCGCACAUUUACUCUACCCUCCCACCCAGACACGACUUACAGCAUUGCCGGAAUGACCAAAGGUGCGGGCAUGAUCCAUCCAAACAUGGGAACUCUUCUCGGCAUCAUCUGCACAGAUGCAAAGAUUGACCCGCGCUCAAUGAAGAAACUGCUUGACAAGGCAGCGAGACAUUCGUUCAACAGCAUCUCCAUCGAUGGCGAUACCAGCACCAAUGACACAGUCGCUUUCUUCGCCAAUGGCGCAGCUGCACCACCCGGCGCCGACCCAAUUGCCCUUGCCACCGUGGACGAACGAGCGAAGGUUUUCGGUCCGCCCAGAUUGAAUGCAGACACCAAGGCUUUCGCCACAGAACUCAGCAACUUCAUGACUGAUCUAGCCAAGCUUGUCGUCCGCGAUGGCGAAGGUGCCACCAAGUUCGUCACCAUUCGCGUGCGGUCAGACGUCGACUACCCAACCGCCAAGCGCGCCGCGGUCAGCAUCGCCAGAUCCGCGCUGGUCAAGACGGCUUUGUAUGGCAAGGACGCUAACUGGGGCCGGAUCCUCUGCGCGAUCGGGUACGCGCCAGGAAUCAUGUCCAGCCCCGAACUCCCCGCCGUGGAUUUCCCCAAGGUCAAAGACAGCGACUCAUUGAAACAAGUCCGGCCUGACUUUACCAGCGUAUCGUUCAUUCCCGCGGACGGAAGCGAAGAGCUGAAGCUGCUCGUCCGCGGCGAGCCAGAGGAGGUGGACGAGGUGCGCGCCAAGCAGAUUCUGGAAAUGGAGGACCUGGAAAUCCUUGUCCGUCUCGAUGACUUCCCGCCACCUAGGGGGGACCUAAUUAGGUCCCACGAGGCGGUCAUGUAUACGUGCGAUCUCAGUCACGAGUAUGUGACUAUCAAUGGUGACUAUCGAACGUAG